AGUGAGAGAUGGGCAGGGAGGUAUAAAGAGAGGGAGGGAGUAAUAUAAGAGAGGCAGCCAUAGAGGGAGAGGUGACAGAGUAGAUUAUCCUCCUCUCCUCUCCUCCUCUCUGCCAGCCUCAUCAUGUUCAUGCUGCAGAUGUUGACUGUUAUCUCUCUGACUGUUAUUCUCUUGGCAUCUGUGGAAGGUAAAGGCGUGCAGAUGCAAAGGGAUGUCCAGUGCUGCAUGUUGUACUCCCAGGGCAAGGUGCGUACCAAAGAUGUGUUGCGGUUUGAGGUGCAGACGGAGGGGCCCGACUGCAGUAUACAAGCCAUCAUUCUUUACACGAAGAAGGCGGUGAAGUGUGCAGACCCCAGAGACCGGAAGGUGAAGAGGUUGCUGAGAAAGCUCCUGCAGAGACAGAGAACCAAGGCCCACCGAACAAUGUGGCUCCUUCCUCAUGACAACCUGCCCGUCAUGUCAGAGGACAAGAAAGAUAACUGGGCCGUCCUCAAUGUGGAGUGAUGAAGUGCUGUCAAAUAUGGAGGAAAACUCAUAGUCAUAAGCCAAGUAAACUUUCAGCAGCUCGUCAUCUUUACACGGCGCAGCUUGCUGACUCUCCAGUCGUCUCGUGUCUCUCUCUAUCUACACUAUCUGUCUCCCUGGGACCGGACCUGGGCAGCAAUACAUAUUUAAAUGGCUUUAGAUAUUUAAACAUGAACUGUGCUUGAAAUUUUCUCAAACACAUGGCUGAAACCGUCUCAACGGAGGAGUAUUUACUUGUAAGAUAAGUUGAAUAGAUUUUUUUUUUAAUGGCUCAUACUGUUAUUUACCAGAGUCUGCCUGGAAGUGUCUCCCUCUGCAACAUUACAACUCGUGGCUGAUGUGAAAUCAGUAUAGAAGGUGUAAUUAACCAAACUCAAAUUUAUAGAAAACUGUAUAUCAGCAAGGUACUCUAUGCUUAUUUGUGACUUGUAUACCUUCAGUAAUGUGUUUAUACCACUGAACACAGUAACAUAGUUGGGUUUUCAUCGUGUGCAGAAUAUAGGGGAACAUCUCUGUAGUAUUGAUAUGCACUUUGUUUGGUUCAAUUCAGGUCCAAGUUGUCUUAUAUUAUAAAGAUCCUUUGUCAGGCUUUAACCUGAUGUUUAAAUGACUGUUAGACAGGUGAAAUCAAAGUGGGAUCAGAUGGAAGAUUUCACCUGAAUACAACUUUCUGUGUCACAUGAAGAGUAAAUGUUCCUGAUAUUUUGUCCACUCUGUAUAUUGACUGUUUGUAAACUCAGCAUGAACCCAGAGUCAGUCUUUUAAAACGACGCCCUCAGGCAUCUACCAGAGGUUUAAAUAUCUACGCAUUUGCAGUUUACGUUUGUCUUUUUCCACUAAUAGUCCGUCACUAAACUAUGCCAAAGUAUUCAUGAUUCAAUUCACCACAUGGCAAGGCUGUUAAAACUUAGAGGGCUCAAUUGUGUGUGAAGCACACAAGUAUUGUAUUGUAGAAGAAUGCACUGUAUGUUAAAACAAAGUAUCUCAAGUGAACUAUUUUAUAAAUGAAUCUAAAAUAAUAA